UUUUUGUAUUAUUUAAUUAAAAGGUUUUAUUUUUAAGGAAAAGAAGGCAUUGAAGGUCAGCCGGGAUUUCCUGGUUCCCCUGGAGAGAGAGGAGCUGAUGGACUGCCUGGGUUGCCAGGAAUUCCAGGACAGAAGGGUGAAGCCGGAUAUCCUGGUCUUCCAGGCACUGAUGGUUUACCAGGACCACCAGGUUUUCCAGGCAUGAAAGGAGCUGUUGGUAUUCCAGGAGUGCCUGGAUUAAAAGGGCUUCGCUGGAAAUCCUGGUCUGCCAGGUGAAAGAGGGCCAGAUGGAUUAAGUGGGCUGCCUGGAUUACAAGGACCUAAAGGUAAAUAAAAAUAAUAUAGAUAAUUUGUUCGUCUGCUGCCCUCAUCUAUUUUAAUCAAAAAUUUAGCAUACAUAAAAUUUUUAAUAAACAAUAUCUUAAGGAAACUUAAUGAUCGGGUGAUAGGAGAAAUAAUUUAAGGAUACAUUAUAUAUUUUGAUUUUUAGUUAAAAAUAAACAUGACUGAAAUAUUUACAGGAAACCCCGGUCUUCCUGGAUUACCUGGUCGAGAUGGUCUGCCAGGAUUGAAUGGACCUAAGGGAGAAGCAGGUCUUCCAGGAUUCCCUGGCCAACGAGGAGAGGAUGGACUUCCUGGCCUACCUGGAUUUAAAGGAGAAACUGGCUUUCCUGGACAGCCAGGCAUGGUUGGAGCACAAGGUCCGCCAGGCCUUCCUGGCUUUCCAGGACUAAAAGGAGAACAAGGCCUGCCUGGUUAUGGACAACCCGGUCUUCCUGGAGAGAAAGGAAUACCCGGAAUCCCAGGUAAACCUGGACGUCAAGGACCAACCGGCGAAAGAGGUGCUGAUGGUGUGCCUGGAUUCCCGGGACUUAAAGGAGAACCUGGCUAUCAAGGCCGAGAUGGACCUCCUGGGCGAGAAGGCUUCCCUGGAGUGCCAGGUCCUAAAGGCGAUGCUGGUCUACCCGGUUCACCUGGUUUGCCUGGAAGAGAAGGAUACCCGGGUUCGCCAGGAAUUCCUGGAGAAAAAGGUGAACAAGGAUUACCUGGUCUGCCUGGGGAAAGAGGCAGUGAUGGAUACCCUGGUGUUAAAGGCGAGCCUGGUUUCCCAGGACAGCCAGGAGCUAUUGGACCAGAAGGACCUAAAGGAAUGAUUGGACUGCCAGGCUUUCCUGGUGUCAAAGGCAUGUCUGGAUCACCAGGACGAGAUGGACUGCCAGGACUGCCUGGAGAUAAAGGCGAGGCAGGAUUCCCCGGUCAACCUGGUCAGGACGGUUCACCAGGUUUUUCUGGCCCGAAAGGAACAGCUGGACUUCCUGGUCUUCCCGGAUUGCCAGGCCAAGGAUUUGUCGGGCCGAAAGGAGAAGCUGGAUAUCCUGGAAUCCCUGGAAAAGAUGGUCUUCCUGGAUUAACUGGUCCUAAAGGAGAAGCUGGUUUACCUGGUCCACAAGGUGCUUCUGGUCUUAAAGGCGAAAAUGGACAGCCUGGUUUUCCCGGGCAGAAGGGAGAGCCUGGAUUACCCGGAACACCUGGAAGGAGAGGAGAAGAUGGAUUAGCUGGAUCACCUGGCUUGCAAGGGCCUCCCGGAUUUCCUGGAGAAAAAGGUGAUGCUUGUCUACCUGGUCUUCCCGGACAAAUGGGAAUGCCUGGAUUACCUGGAUUGAAAGGUGAACUCGGUCUGCCUGGCUUCCCUGGCCAAAAGGGCGAUGCUGGAUAUCCAGGUAAUCCUGGGUUACCUGGAUUGCCUGGAGCGAAGGGCGACGCCGGAUAUCCAGGUCCGCCUGGUAUGGACGGACAGAAGGGCGAAAUGGGUCCUCCUGGUUUGCCGGGAAUGCCUGGGCCUUUGCCGCUAACUCAACCAGGAAUGAAAGGCGAAAGAGGUGCCCCUGGCUUGCCAGGUAUUGAUGGAGAAAAAGGCCCACCAGGCUUGGAUGGACUUCCUGGACCUGCUGGAAUCUCAGGUUCUCCCGGUCAGAAAGGAGAGCCUGGUUAUCCAGGUUCGCCAGGCUUUCCUGGAGAAAAAGGUGCUGCUGGUUUACCAGGUUUUCCUGGUCUUGAAGGCACCCCUGGUCCACCAGGUCCUCCAGGCUUACCUGGUUCGAUUGGUCCUCCAGGACCUGCGUAUAAAGACGGUUUUAUUGUUGUUACACAUUCACAAACAACACAAGUACCGCCCUGCCCACAGAAUACACGCAAACUAUGGGAAGGAUAUUCUCUCCUUUAUUUAGAAGGAAAUGAAAAGGCACAUAAUCAAGACUUGGGGAAUGCUGGUUCUUGUUUACCACGUUUUUCAACUAUGCCAUUCUUAUUCUGUGAUUUUAAUGAUGUUUGCAAUUAUGCCUCAAGAAAUGACAAAUCAUAUUGGCUUUCAACAGGAGAAGCUCUCCCAAUGAUGCCUGUUAACGAACACGAAAUUCAGCCUUUUAUCUCUCGUUGUGCUGUUUGUGAAGCGCCUGCAAAUGUUAUGGCUAUACAUUCUCAAUCAAUUCAAAUUCCAAAUUGUCCAAACGGCUGGAGUUCACUUUGGAUUGGAUAUUCAUUUGCAAUGCACACUGGAGCUGGGGCUGAGGGUGGUGGACAGUCUUUGAGUUCGCCCGGUUCUUGUUUGGAAGAUUUCAGAACAACUCCUUUCAUUGAAUGUAAUGGUGCACGUGGAUCUUGUCAUUUCUUUGCAAACAAAUUUAGUUUUUGGUUAUCUACAAUUGAUGAUUCACAACAAUUUACUAUACCACAAAGUCAAACAGUAAAGGCUGGUUCUACACGUUCAAGAAUUUCUCGCUGCCAAGUUUGUAUUAAAACAAACAGAUAA